GCAGGACCCAGAAUCCUCUGCGCAGAGGCAAGAUGGAAGAGCCCAGCAGCUGCGGGAGAACAAUGUUUUGGCUCUAGAUAUUAACGGACCGCUGAGAGCGAACUACGCGAGCCAAAACAGCGGGUCAUGGUCCUGCACCGGAUGACACUGAUUGCCACCCUAUAGUAUUUCUGCCCGCCGGCAUCCACCAUGAACAUCAUUCAAGACAAAAUAAGCAAUGAAUACCUGCGCUCUAACGGGAGCAUGGACUCCAACUUUGGCCCCGGCAUGAUAAUGUUCAGCCACCUCCCCCCGGUGACCAGCUUCACCCGGCUGGCCGCCCACACCGUCAUGCAGGACCUUCCACCACAAGAAAUGAUCUUGAAGAAGGAGCGUGACUCGCCUGACUGCAGCAUGGGCACCCAGGGUGGCCGCAUGGGGUGUGCAGGAGUGGGAGACUAUGUUCACGCCAUGGGUAUCAAGCAGGAGAAGCUGUCGGAGCACGAUUAUCGCCUACCGGUGUACCCUGGUGGGCUGGGGAAGAACACAGAGCUGCUGGAGGUGACUGUCAGUAACAACCAGAGCCUGCUGGUGCAUGACCUCAACAUGGGCAACCUGCCGAGUCAGCUAGGAAAAGAGCCCACUGGGAGAAAAGGUCGGAGGUCAAAUGGUGAUGGACAGGAGGGUAAACCAAGAAAGAAGAGAAGCGAGGCAAAGCAAUCAAUGAUGCUGGAUGCAGAUGGAGGCAGCCUGUCGCCGGGAACCAAGCCUCACAUCUGUGAUCACUGCGCUGCGUCUUUCAGAAGCUCCUAUCACCUGCGCAGACACGUCCUCAUACACACAGGUGAAAGACCCUUUAGAUGCAGCCAGUGCAACAUGAGUUUCAUUCAGAAAUACCUUCUUCAAAGACACGAGAAAAUCCACAGUGGAGAGAAGCCAUUCAGCUGCGACCAGUGUAACAUGCGUUUCAUUCAGAAGUACCACAUGGAGAGGCACAAGAGGACUCACAGCGGAGAAAAGCCGUACAGAUGUGAGACCUGCCAACAGUAUUUUUCUAGGACAGACCGACUGCUUAAGCACAAGCGAACCUGCGGAGAAGCCAUAAAGAAGGGGCUCGAUCCCGGGAUGAUGGACCUGGGUUGUGUAGACUUGGGACACGGCAGCUAUGGAAUCACUCAGGGAAAUGUUGGGAGUACUGCGAGAAAGAGGGGAAGGUCCAAAAAUGGGGAAGGAGGGGAACGCAAAAAGAAGAAGGGGGACGGAGGAGGGGUGAGGGUACCGAACAUUCACGGGGAUGUACGUGGAGGCUACGGCAUCCACGAUUACUCUGUGGAGAAUCAAACGGUGUCUUCCUCUACUGAGCCGGGACCCAGCAUGCAGCAGGGCCACCACGGCCGAGCUCCAAAGAUGGCGUUCAAGAAGGCCAAUCGUAAGAGCCUGGAUAAAGCGGGUCUCGAUCAGGCAAAAGCAGGAUCAUUGGAGCAUGGCGGGGACAUGGACGGUCUCGGCCUCAUUCACGGUAACGGGUCUAAAGAAGUGCCCACCAGCAGCAACUACGACGACGCCAUGCAGUUCCUCAAGAAAAGACGCUACCUUCACGCAGCAAACAAUGCAAACUCAUCAGGGCCAACGGUGGCAGGAGGAACCAGCAGUGAGUAUGACGUCAGCCACUUGUCUUCCCAGCAGUCCGUCAUUCAGGGUGUUGUCUCCAGCGUGAUCGACAGCGACGUGCCUCUGAGUCUCGACAAGUCCGGGAUCCCAGAUGAGGUGCUGCAGAGCCUCCUCGACCACUAUGCCCAAAAACCAGACGGCUCGCACCACGACGUCCACUUCGACAUCAGCGACCAUCACGUGGAUCUGCACACAGCAGAUGGUUCUGACAUCGGCCACAACACCGACACGCCCAGCCCAUCUGGAGACAAGACCGUCAUGAUGCACGAGUACUCUCGCUUCCUGCUGCAGGCUUUGGAGCGCACCAGCCACAGUGCCAGCUUCCCUCUGGGCCCCGGGCCUCCCGCCUCAGCACAGUACACCAGUUCCCACAACCCCCUCUAUGCUGAAAAGAACAUCUACACUACGUCCCCGCUGGAGUGUGGGUUCGGCCAGUCGGCGGCCUCGCCUUCGCUGCCCUCCUCUGUGCCAAAGUCUCACUUCACGAUGCUGACGGGGUCCUCGCCACAGCACAGCUUCCACCUGAGCGGCCUGGAGGCCUCCACACACCAGCAGCUCACCCCUUCUCAGGAGCUCACUGACCAGAUGGAGAAGCAGCACUCCUCCACCCCCCCUUCCUCCUACCAGAUCAGCCCAUCUGACCUGAGUCGCCAGAAGGACCAGCCGCCGGUCAAGAAUGGCACGGUGGUCUACCCUCUGGCCCCCUCGCAGGAUCUGGCCUCUCUAGACUCCUCCAAGCCUUCCUACCAGAUAGAAAACUUUGCCCAGGCCUUUGGCUCCCAGUUCAAGUCUGACAGUCGCGGCUUAUCUUACGGCACUGACUCUAGCGGGGAGGUGGAUCACAGGAUACGGACGCCUGUGUCUGAAUUCUCAGGGUAUAGUAGUUUGUUAUCUGAUGUCAAUGAGCCAGUAAGUACAGGUUCCAAAACUACAACAAGCCAAAGCUACAGAUGAGAGCCUGAGAGGGAGAGAACACUCGUUAAAACUGAUGUUUUUUUAGUGCUCCUAUUUUAUUAUUAUUAUUAUUGUUAUUAUUAUUAUUAUUAUUUUUUUAAGUGACAUCUUUCUUUUAAUGCUCUGUUUUUGUGCCCACUCCUCUCCCCCACAAUAAGCCCUCAAGGCUUCCUGCAAAUGCAACAUUUUUUUAAGUAUCUGUUAUUUUUAAGUUAAAUAUGUAUUUACUGUUUAUUCUUGUCAUAAUAGUGGCAUUAGGUCUGGUCAUUAAUCAUGAACUGAAAGUACUUUUUAAACAAGCGUAGAGUAGCACCGGACAUGUUUCUUUUACAACGAGCUGAAGUGUUUGAGCAAUCAACUUUACAAUUGUAAAAAUAAUAAUGAAAAUAACCAUGAUGGCAGGGAAUAGCCCAGAAUUGAAAUAGCAAAAAAAAAAGUUAUUGUCUGUUACAAGGUUUAAAGUAUUACUCAGGAAAAAGUGGAAAAGGAGAAGCCUACGAGGUGCAGUGAGCGCUCUUUUCAGAAGUUUAGGUUUGCGACUUCAAAGAGGAUUUUUCUUAUGUUGUAUUACUUGUUGAAUGAGUGUGACAUAAACAGACUGCUGCCAGCUCACUUGAGCACUGAAAACACUUUCUACUUGGCUAUAUAGAGAUUAUGGUACUUUCGUGUCAAUGUGAAACUCAUGUUUUCUUCAAUAAGGGCCAUAUAUAUAUCUAUAUAUAUUUAUAAGAAUAUAUAUUAUUGUAAAGUAACAGAUUUAAUCAUUCUGGGGGAACUGCCCGCUGAAGUAGAGGAAGAAUGAGGGCCAGGUCGGGGGGUUAAUGUUGUCCUUGGUAUAUUUUUGGACAGAAAACAGAAACAGACGUUGGGGCUUUUCUAUGGCCAAUAGAGGUUGCUGUUGGGCAGCGAUGGAAUGGCCUUCCCCUUUUCCUGCCCUCCGCUUCUUCCUCAACACUCUUAUUUCUUUAAAAGAAUCCAAUUAGCACUUUGAGCCGUUUUUUCUUACAUUGCGUAAAAGUACCCUCUCGGAUCAAGGAAGCUCAAACGUCAGGAGUGGACUGGCUUUUUGACAGACGUCGUUGUUUGGGCAUAUGCAGAUGGGUUGGACAUAUUCUGGGCGUAUGAUGUGGAUACCCUUUGUUUGGGUAGCAUGGCUCGUAAGGGGAGGGAGGGAGGGGCGGGUUGAUAUGUGAAA